CCACCAUCCACAUUAAAGGCUACAUUCCCCUUUUAUUUGCAUCGUCCCCCAACGCUGUCGUUUGCCGUGUACUUCCCAUUAUCAUAACCUUUUUCCCUACAGACACGCUUAAACGUCAGACGUUGCCCGCCGCCGUACACAGUCACGUUUUACAUCGUUCGACCAGCUUCAAGCAUAUUUUCCUCUUCGUCUUGACACUCUCGCAUUGCAUAUACAGGCCAUCGUCAGCUAUCUCAAGCAGACAAUUCGGAUAAAGCGCGAUAUUUGGCUAUCAGAUAUUCCCUGCCGUUAGCUAACUUUUUCUCGUAAAAGGGUCGGGCCCCAAACCCCUGACAACGGCAUUUCACUUUCAAUCGCCUACCCAAUUCCCACAGUGUGCUUCUCCAUAUUGGUUUGCUGCGACGCCACAAACCGCGCUCUUACACUCUUGCGUUGGCUGUCGUUAUAUCCGAGUUGACCCGGUUUUGAUAUCUCUCGCCUGGGAGCCCUGUCUAAGUUGGGUUGUAACAUUACUCAGAUAACACAGCGGGUUGGUCUACGCGUGCUUGUCCCGCCGAUUUCAGCACUGCGUUCCAUCAUAUUUCUUCACGCCUCCUUUUCCCGCAAGAUCCUUUCCUUCCUUGUUUCAAAUGUCACCAAGAACUUCCAUUCCUUCAAAAAUCCUGGCUACAGGUGUCAAAAAUAAUGACGGGAAUGCAGCUAUGGACGAAUACGAUGGGCGUACCAGAAACGCAAAAGCUCAAAAGAGGCAUAGGGAAAAACAGAAGGCGAGAGUAAAAGCCCUCGAGGAGUCUGUUCAGGUACUUACUGCUCAACUGGAAGACGCUCGGAGGCAGCUUGGUCAGCUGCCUUCUGUUGGAACUUCACGCUUUUCUUUGCCGGUCCAUUCAUCCGAGUUGAGCCAACUACAAGCGGAGAAUCGGUAUUUGCGUGAGGAAAAUGCCGAUCAGAGAAGGCAGCUGUAUGCGCUGCGUGUGAGCUACGGAGGACCUCCAGAUGCCUCUACUACUGCCGACCUUGGCGCUAGUCCUCCUCUUAGGCAAGGCGCUAGUCACAAUCGUCCGAGACCUCUGACAAAUCCGACUCUUUCCACGACUAAUAAUGAUGGUGCAAGCUCAGUGACUCCAGGUGAAGACUCUCACACGCGUGUGAUGUCUUCCUCUGUACGUCCGCUCUCAGCUCCUUCUGCCUCACCUUACCUUCCUUCUUCUGCUUCUUUUGGGGACCUGCGAUCUCAUUCCCUUUCACACUCCGGAAACAUUUCUACUGCGCAGCCAGCUGGAUCAGCGGCCAACGCCCCCGCGAGCAUGACUCAGAUUGAGUCUCGAUAUCCCGUCCGAUACGAAUCUUAUCCUUACCCUCACAACCCUCCUUCCCAUGCCCUGCCACGGCCCCAAGCAACAUAUGGGGUUGAGCCUCUCAACUACUCACGUGGAAGCCAGGGGAACGACACGAUCUGGGGUCAAGAAUCCAGUCCUCCAUUUAUGGGAACGGCAUUGAGUUAUUCUUCAGUCAACUUUCAAAACAGUCCAAGCAUGCAAGCGGCCGAUUCUUGGCGUCAAGCGCAACCAUAACACUGGUUUGCGUGGGAUGCUUAUCAACUUCCCGCAAUAACGAUUCAUGAACAAUGAGUCCCCGUUCUUCCCCUACCUAUCUUCUUUUCGUAGUUUUGGGCAACUUUUUGUGCUGGUCUAUCCUCAAGAGGUCACAUAGUUUAGUCGCGUUUGCAAUAAUUGUACUAGUAGUCAGAUUGUCGUUUUUUCUACAUUUCAUUUAAUCAGGGCCUUACGACGUUUAACAGGAGUAUUAUCAUAGAGCACAGCAAGAAGGGCUAUCAUUGUCCUUCUUCAGCAAGAUCAAACAUCAGGAAUCCCAUUCCUUCAUCACCUUCAUGAUUAUGCAUGGUAUCCAUACAUCAGCAUCAUCUGCUGUCUACAUCGCGCUGUGUGCUGCAUAUGUAAUUGAAUACUACCGAAGAACAGA